AUGAACAAAAAAUUAGUUGACAAAGAAAUUAUUCAUUUACUUGAAAUACCUUCCGGGUCGGAAGAUGGGUUUGAGACUGAGAGUGACGUUGAAAAUGAAAAGGUUGAUUUAUGGAAUGAGUAUGGGGAUUUAUUAGACGAAACAAAUAUUGAGAAAUUUGAAAAACUUUUAUCUGAACAAUUUAAUGUUGAUACAAUUCUAGAUGAUAAAGUUGAACUUCCAAUUUUCGAGCAUGUGUACGACGAGCCUCAAACUUCUAUUGAAACUAAUACCACUGAUUUAUUUUUGCCCUCCACAUCUUCUGUUCAACAAAGAACACGUAAAGUACCAAAACUUUCCAAAAACAAAUGUUAUCGAUCCAAACGUAAUAAUCCUGUACCACCUAUUAUUCAAAAUCAUAUUCCGAUUGAAAUAAAAGAAAUUACAUGGUCAAAAGAUAAUUUUCCACCUGUAGAUACUACUUUUCUCGGAAACUCGACUUUACCAGAAGAUAUUAUGGAAUUAGAGACACCUUAUCAAAUUUUUAAAUUACCUUUUAUCGUAGACUUGAUGCAACAUAUUUGUGAUGAAACUUAUAAAUAUGGUCUACAAAACAGUUUAUCUAAUCCAUUAAAAAUGUCUACAAAUGAUUUACAAAAAUAUAUUGGGGUACUUGUCCUAAUGAGUAUAGUAAAUAUUUCAAAUGUUAGAAAAUAUUGGUCACCAUACUUAGGCAAUGAUGUUAUCAAAGACACAAUGAACCUGAAUACUUUUGAAAAAAUUAGAAAGGAACAUUUAGCUGUUGACGAGCAAAUGUGUAGCACCAAAGCUAGAAGCUCGGUAAAAGUUUAUAUGCCUAACAAGCCACAUAAGUGGGGCUAUAAAUUGUUCGUUCUUAGUGGUGCCUCCGGUUUCGCUUAUAAUUUUGAACUUUUUACGGGCCAAGAAAACAAUUCGGAGCUACGAAAUAAAAAUGAACCAGAUUUAGGUUCCAGCGCUAAUGUAGUAGUUCGUCUAGGAAGAGUUAUACCAAAACAUCAAAAUUAUAAAUUAUUUUUUGAUAACUAUUACACAACCUUACCACUAUUAGUUUAUUUGAAAAAAGAAAAUAUACUCUCCCUAGGUACUGUUCGAAGAAAUAGGCUUAAGAAUGUAGUGUUGCUUGAUGAUUCAACUAUGCUAAAAAAACCCAGAGGAACAUAUGAUCAUUGUGUCACUAAUAUUAGAAAUACAGAUAUAGUCGCGAUUACAUGGAAAGACACGAAAAAUGUAAAUUUAUUGUCAACUUUUGCUGCUAUUGAGCCUGUUACGAAAGUUAGUAGAUAUGAUAGGAAAAUGAAUAAAAGAGUUGAAGUGGAUUGUCCCCAUAUUAUAAAAGUAUACAAUACUCACAUGGGAGGUGUCGACUUACUGGAUGGAUUACUUGGAAGGCACAAAAUUAAAAUGCGAAGUCGCAAGUGGUAUAUGCGAUUAUUUUAUCACUUACUAGACGUCACCAUAGUAAAUUCUUGGCUGUUACACAAACGAAUCCAAAAUCAAAAAUUAGACAACAAUAAUGUUUUACCAUUAAUGGAAUUUAGAGAACAACUUGCCAUAACUUUGUGUACAAAACAAAAAGAAAAGGCACCACCAAAAGAAAUUAGGACCGAUAGAUAUGACCAUUGGCCAGUUCCCAAUCAGAAAAAAACUAGGUGCAAGAAACCUGGUUGCAAAGGAUUUACAUUUUCAAAAUGUGGAAAGUGUAAUGUUAGUUUGUGUUGUGGAAAAGGGUUAGAGUGCUUUACACUGUGGCAUACAACGUAG